AUGGCGGACCGGAGGAGACGCAGGCGGCGCGCGUCUCAGGACAGCGAUGAGUCUGACUCUUGCUCCGAGUCCAGUGGAUCCUCCACGGGAUCCACACGCUCCAGCAAGGCCCGGGGACGAGAGCUGCGAGAGCCCCGGGAACCGCGAGAACCAGAGCCCGCAGUCCAGGAGGCAGUGACCGGGAAGAAAAGCCCCGAGGAGUCCGAGUGUGAGAGUGAAGAUGGAGUGGGAGAAGCUGUUUUGUCCGACUACGACAGUGCAGAUGCAGAGAACGGUUCUCAUUCAGAGGGAGCAGAGGAAGAGGAGGCAUUCACGGAGGAAACCACCACCGAACAGGAAGUGAUCAAAACUCCGCCCACUGAGGCCCCGCCCUCUGAAGCCCUGCCCACUGAAGACACAGCCACACAAGACUCUCCCACACAAGACUCUCCCACUCGAGAUGAAGACCAGUCCAGAGAUGAUACGAAAGAAAAGAACAAUGUGACAGGGGAAAGACAGAGCGGAGAUGGACAGGAGUCCACAGAACAUCCUGAGACCAAACUUGGAGGAAAACAAAAGCUGGACGACGACGAGGACCGAAAGAACCCAGCCUACAUCCCACGAAGAGGACUUUUCUUUGAGCAUGACCUGAGAGGAGCGACUCAGGAGGAGGAGAGGCCCAAAGGCAGGAACCGGAGGCUGUGGAAGGACGAGGGCCGCUGGGAACAUGACAAGUUCCGAGAGGAAGAGCAGGCGCCAAAGAGCCGUGAGGAGCUCAUCUCCAUGUACGGCUACGACAUCCGCAACAACACACGCACCAGUGGGCGAGGAGGCAACACCGGGGGUGCCAGAGAGCAGAGGAGGGAGCGCAGGACCAGACCCUCGGUGUCUCCGGAGCAGCGCUGGAGAGAGGCCCCCAGAGGCCCCUCACAGGCUCCGCCUCCUCACAUCAUCAACCAAUCAGCGCCUUGCGCUCCCAGAACUAGAGCCCCACCACCCAGGACCCGACCACAGAACAAUGGACCCUACAAGAGUGAGGCCAUCAGUGCACGGGCCCCUAACAGCAGAGGGGAGCGGAACAGCCCGCAGGUGGCGCUGGAGUUCACAGCAGGAGGAGGGGGUGUGGCCACAGCACGAGGGGGGCGUGGUUUCAGGGAUGACAUUACUGUGGUUAAUGCAACCAAUCAGGCACUGAGUGAAGGAGGCGGAAUUUAUAAUUCGUCAGAGCAGAAGCCCCUCACCCCCGACCCUGCCCCUCCCAUUACAUCAGCACUGUCCAAUCGCGAGGAGUCUCCGUGUGAGCGUCCGGUGGAGAGGAAGUCUUACUCGCUGGUGCGCAGGACACGCUCACGCCCUGCUGACAUGGGCAGUAAACAGACCUCUGUGGAAGACACACCCCCUGCUUCCAAAGACACACCCACUGACCCACCCACACAGACCAACACGGGUCUAUCCGACAUGGACCAGGAUCUGGCCCGCCUCAGUCUGGGCCAGAACUGGAGCCAGAGUCCAACGUCCUACAUACGCUCCGAGAUUAGAGGUCUGUCAGCGCCUCUGCACGUGCCCAGUGGACAGUUCCAGCCGCUGGAGGAGAUAAGUUCAAAUAGAGCGAAACGCUACUCCUCCCACCGCCAACGGAGUGCCCCCGAGCCCACGCCCCCAAUGCACCUGGGCGUGAUGGAGGGGCACUACUAUGACCCGACCCCAGUGUCUGUUCCGGUGUCGUACCAGGGACCAAUGUACGCCCACGGUGAAGGAGCUGCCCCCUUGCCACCCCAAGGCAUGCUGGUCCAGCCGGAGAUGCACCUGCCCCACCCAGGUCUACAUCCACACCAAUCAGGAGCCCCCAUUACUAACCCCGCACUCUAUGGAGCUCCGCCAGUCUCCCUGUCACCAGGGCAACCACAACAGCUGCUCCCCCCACCUUUCUACCCUCCCCCUGGGGUCAUGACCUUCCCAUACCCCGCCAUGUAUCCCACCCCACAGGCCCAGGCACAGGUGACCUACGGUGGCGUCACGUACUACGACACUGUUCAACAACAAGCGCAGCCCAAACCGUCGCCGCCUCGCCGCACGUCACAACCAGUCACUGUCAAAGCCCCGCCCCCAAUCCACUCCGAGCUCCCCUACGCCUCAGAGUAA